AUGAAUCACGAGAGUCAACCGUUGCUUGGGUCUCAAGGAGAUGACCAUCAUCAUCACCAUCCCACUUUUUGGUCGUCAUGCAAAACUACCACCAUCAACUCUUACUUUAAUAUCUUGUUGAUCUUUGUUCCCGUUGCUAUUAUCGUCUCCUUUAUCGGUGCCUCGGAUUCGGUUGUCUUUACCCUCAACUUUAUUGCCAUCAUUCCUUUAGCAAAGCUCUUGGGUUUUGCAACGGAGGAACUGGCUAUGCGAACAGGAAGUACAAUUGGUAGUUUACUCAAUGCUACAUUUGGUAAUGCUGUCGAGUUGAUCCUUGGUAUCAUUGCCUUGAAGGAGGGUCUCAUUCGUGUUGUGCAAGCCUCCAUCUUGGGAUCCAUCCUGUCAAACAUCCUCUUGGUUCUUGGAUUUUGCUUCCUUCUUGGCGGUGCCACCCGAUCGGAACAGACGUUUAACAAUAUCGCUGCACAGACAUCCUCUUCCUUACUUGCUCUUACUGUGCUCUCUCUCUUGGUCCCUGCUGCUUUUGCUGCAUCCACCCCAGCCGAUAAGGUCAAGGAAGGCAUCCUUGCUUUGAGCCACGGCACAGCCAUCGUCUUGUUAAUCAUCUACGUCCUAUUCUUGUUUUUCCAGCUGAGAACUCAUGCAGGCAUCUUUGAAGAUGAAGCUGAUGAAGAAGAAAUUCCACAUACCACCUUGGUCUUCUCGGUGAUCCUCUUGCUUGGUAUUGCUGCAUUGGUAUCCUUGCAUGCCGAUUUCUUGGUGGGCGCCAUCGAAGGUGUGGUUGAACAAUGGCACAUCAAUGAGACAUUUGUUGGUAUUAUCCUCCUUCCUUUGGUGGGCAACGCUGCUGAACAUGUCAGCUCUGUCACCUUUGCCAUGAAGAACAAGAUGAACUUGUGUAUUGGUAUUGCUCUCUCAUCUUCGUUGCAGAUCGGUUUGCUUGUCACACCUGUGUUGGUGCUAGUUGGCUGGGCUAUUGGUCAACCCAUGACCUUGUUCUUUGAAAACUUUGAGACCGUGGUCUUGUUUGCCAGCGUGUUGAUUGUCAACUACCUUAUUCAAGACGCCCGCUCCAACUGGUUGGAGGGUGCUUUGCUUUUGUCUGCCUAUGCCAUCAUCGGUUUGGCCUUUUAUUUCCAUCCCUCGGAUAAUGCUAUCUAG